AUGAUCCAAGUUUUUCCAUCAGAUCAACGGCUUCAAUGCAUCCUGUGGAGAGAUUCUCCGAACGAAACAAUCCGUGUCUAUCAUCUGACUACAGUAACGUACGGUACUGCAUGUGCACCGUACUUAGCAACCAAGUGUCUGCAGUGUCUCUCAGACCUAGAGUCCGAAACUUUUCCCGUAGCGUCAAGGGUGCUGAAAAAUGAUUUUUAUGUUGACGACAUGUUAACCGGUGCUGACGAUAUUGAAACCGCAAGCCACUUGGCGCAUGAAAUGAUUAAGCUUACUUCCUCCGGCGGUUUCAACUUACGAAAGUGGACCUCCAACUCAAAUGCGCUUCUAGAUCAAUUGCCAGUUGACCUUGUUGACAAACGACCUGCUCGAGAACUUGAUAUAGCGCAUACUACAGUAAAAACACUCGGUUUACUCUGGGAUACUUCUUCUGACUGUUUUCUGUUCCACUCACCUGUGUGGAAUACAAAUGCAAUCAUCACUAAACGAGUCGUACUGGCAGACACGGCUCGUCUGUUCGAUCCUCUCGGCCUAGUGGGGCCGGUUGUCGUUCUAGCAAAAAUUUUUGUGCAAGAGUUGUGGAAGCAGAAGUGCGAGUGGGAUGAACCGUUACCCGAAGCGUAUCAAAAUUUCUGGAUUGAAUACAGAAGAAAUUUGUGUGCUCUUUCGUCAUUAUCGAUUCCUCGGUGGGUGGCAUUCAGUACCGAUCUGCUUUCCGUCCAAGUUCACGGUUUCUGCGAUGCUUCCAGCAAGGCAUAUGGGGCAUGCCUCUACCUUCGCAGUACCGCUUCCAAUGGUGCAGUGGAGGUACGACUAAUCACAGCAAAAUCUAAGGUCGCACCGUUAGAAGAUCUCAAACGAAAGAAAAAGGUACAGACCAUACCCCGACUGGAGCUGUCCAGCGCGCUUUUACUCAGCCACCUCUAUAUGAAAAGUUCAUCGCUAGCACCACAAUUCAGCAUACAGCCUAUUUCUGGACCGAUUCCACAAUUGUGA